GGCUUCCACGAACGCCAUUGAGUCGCCGGAUCAACACGAAGAUUCCCGAAGAUUCCGGAAUCCCAAACUCCUAUUUGCCUCAAUUAGAGUCCUCUGAGUCGCCGUCGCCUCUACCUUCGCCCUCAUCACCAUGGCUGUCGCACUCAAUCCAGUACAGAUUAUGAAAUCUGAAGCCGAGGAGGAGCGCUCGGAAACUGCUCGGCUCUCAUCCUUCAUUGGUGCCAUUGCACUUGGGGAACUGGUGCGCUCCACACUUGGUCCUAGAGGCAUGGACAAAAUUCUUGUAGCCAUGGGCAGAAGUGAAGGACAAAUCGAAGUCACAAAUGACGGUGCUACUAUCUUGAGGAACAUUGGUGUGGACAAUCCAGCAGCCAAGAUUUUAGUUGACAUCAGCAAGACACAGGAUGAUGAGGUUGGAGAUGGAACAACAUCUGUCGUUGUCUUGGCAUCAGAGUUGCUACGAGAGGCUGAGAAAUUGGUGGCUAUGAAAAUUCAUCCCCAGACCAUUAUUGCUGGUUACCGCAGGGCCACAGAUGUUGCUCGUGAGGCGUUAACAAAGUCGGCUCAAGAUAAUUCUGCCAACCCUGAAAAAUUUAGGGAAGACCUUCUGAAGAUUGCAAAGACCACACUCAGCUCAAAGAUUUUGGCUCAACACAAAGAUUUCUUCUCCAACUUGGCUGUAGAUGCUGUUUUGAGGUUGAAGGGAUCAGGCAAUCUUGAUGCCAUCCAGAUAAUUAAGAAACAGGGUGGCACCUUAGGCGACUCAUUCCUUGAUGAGGGCUUUAUCCUUGAGAAGAAAAUUGGUGUUAAUCAGCCCAAGCGCAUUGAAAAUGCAAAAAUUCUGAUUGCCAACACACCCAUGGACACUGACAAGAUUAAGGUGUUUGGUUCAAAGAUCUCUGUCGAAUCCACAGCUAAGGUUGCAGAAUUGGAAAUUGCUGAGAAAGAAAAGAUGAAGACAAAGGUACAGAAGAUUCUCAAACAUGACAUCAAUGUAUUCAUCAAUAGACAGUUGAUUUACAACUAUCCUGAACAACUGUUUGCUGAUGCUGGAGUGAUGGCCAUUGAGCAUGCAGACUUUGAUGGCAUUGAGCGUCUGGCUCUUGUGACUGGUGGUGAAAUUACCUCAACAUUUGACAAUCCUGAGUUGGUUAAACUUGGCAAAUGUGAUCUCAUUGAAGAGUGUAUCAUUGGUGAGGACCGCAUGAUUCGUCUCAGUGGUGUCCAGUUAGGUGAAGCUUGCACCAUUGUGUUGCGAGGUGCCACAAACCAGAUCUUGGAUGAGGCAGACCGCUCACUGCACGAUGCACUCUGUGUUCUCACACAGACAGUGAAGGAGACACGAACAGUAUAUGGUGGAGGUUGCAGUGAAACCCUCAUGGCCAAGGCGGUCAUGGAUGCUGCUGUUCACGUGGCUGGUAAGGAAGCCCUUGCAAUGGAAUCCUUUGCUCGUUCACUCCUUAUGAUCCCAACCAUCAUUGCUGACAAUGCUGGGUAUGAUUCAGCCCAGUUGGUAUCCGAAUUGAGAGCAGCUCAUGCUGAGGGUAAAACUACCUUUGGCUUGAGUAUGGAUGAAGGGAUUGUAGAUUGUAUGAAUCAAGUGGGCAUCACAGAAAGUUACCAGGUUAAGAGGCAGGUCAUGUUGUCAGCCUCAGAAGCAGCAGAAAUGAUUCUCAGAGUUGAUGACAUCAUCAAGGCAGCCCCAAGGAAGCGCACUGCAGACCAUGGACCUUGUUAGACUAGGUUUUGUCAGUAGGAAUUGCUUUAAAUACCUUUAAGAAGUGAAGAAAGUCAUGAAAUACCCAGUGCUGCCUCAUACUUCAUUCUGGAAUCUUAAGGAAACUAGGAUCAAAUCAACUCGGCUAAUGCUUAAGAUUUAAUAUUACAAUUUAAUGAUUGUCAACAAGAUAUUUAACAUGUAACACCUUUUUUUUCUAAUAUCGCAUUAAAAAGAUUAAAAAGA